UGACGUCACAGCGUUUUGUGUGGAGACGGAAGUCACGUGACGCGACUGGGAGUUCUGUCAUGUGAUGGUUCCUGUGUUUGCAGCGAAGCACUUUACAGUCAACAGACAAAUAAACUGUUUCUAAGACGAAAAACGCACACAGAGAAGAGACUGAACCUGCUGGACGGCUGUCAUGGGGUGCUGUUUCAGCAGCGAUAGCGAAACGUCGGAGCAGAGUGAAGAGGUAAAGCCAUUGAUUCCUGACCCAAACUUAAACAAAAUACCCACCAAUGGCUCGGAUCGAAACGCUGACAGCCUGCCGUCCAACCGCACAGAUGAACAGGCCCUGCUCACGACCAUCCUGCAGCGGACAGCCCUGAACAUAAUUGACGUGUCGGCUGUUGAUUCCCAAGGCAUGGAGCAACAUGAAUACAUGGACAGAGCCAGACAGUACAGCACGAAGCUGGAUGUGUUGAGCAGAACGCUGUCUCAGAAGAAGCCGGUUCCUCUCCCGUCUCUGAGCAGCCAACCUCACCAGGUGCUCGCCGCUGACCUGGUCUCCUACGCAGAUGUACAGCAGGUGUCUAAGAUUGCUGCGUAUGCCUACAGCGCCAUCUCACAAAUCAAAGUAGAUGCCAAGGAAGAGCUGGUGGUGCAGUUUGCUAUACCAUGAUUCAAAAGAUGGACCUCCUUCCCCCCCAGUUCCUCUGUUUCUGUCUCUAAUUCUAGCCCUUUUCACUCCUCCGUUCUCCUUCCAAACUUCUUGAGAUGCAGACGCCCGUGUCGUUGUUCUCUGAAUGCCUUGCAGAUAAAUAUAGUUCACCCCAACCGGAGCUCCUUGUGUAAAUCCGUCAGCCGCUGCCACAGCACAGAUCCGCGAGAGUAAAAACAUUUGAUCAGUUACUGGUAGUUUUAAUCAAACACUUUUUCAACAAAUACAUCAGAAAUGUAUUUGAAAAUCUUUUGUUUAGUUUAGUUUUAUUUGUUCUUGUUGAUUCUUCUUCUGUUGGCUUUUCAGUGUCCUGAUUGGAGAUUGUUAAACCAAGUAGCACAUCCAGACUUCUCGAUUACUCUUAUACUUGUACUAAAGUUAACUCUAUAUUUACUCAGUUUGGCUGGGUCAUCUUAACACUUAGGUUAUGGUUCAGUUCAGUAAUGAAAUUUGUUCUCCUGUAGAAUUCGGGAAUCACUGUGGCUUAGAGUUCAUUAUUUCUGAUUCAAUUUCAUAAUUGUAUGCACUGAGGUUCCAGAUUGGGAUGCAGAUUAAUAUGGAUAAAUAAUAUUUCUGUCUAACCAGAGUAACACACACAUAAUGUUGCAUUAACCAUCGUUUGUUUUUUUAACUAAUUUGGAUGUAGAACUCUGUUUUGCGUGACUAAUCUGCUUGAAAUUCUAUCAAAUUGAUUUUCAACUGGUUUAGAUUUGAGUCCAUCACUGUUAACUGCCCAAGAAGGUCCUGCAAACUUAGACAUUAAUUCCUGUUUUUGUUUUCCUCUAUUUGCUAAUAGACCUUAAUCAGGUUAGACGCCAUAUUGAAUUUUACAUGGAUGAAAACGAGGUUGUGAUGCAUAGACUUACCUUAGAGUCUUUACAGUAGCACACACUGUAUAAAUAUAAUGUAAUUUCACAACUUUUAAACUAUUUAUGAAGUUUUUGUCUACUGAAAAUUUUCUUCAGAAAGAAGUUUCGUCAGCGCACUGUUAAACAACAGUACGAUCAAUUGAACGCACUGCACUUCAGUCCCUCACAGCCUCAUUUUCAUUCCUGUCAAUAUAUAUAUAUAUAUGCAUUUUUUUAUGGCGGAGUGUAAAUAUCACGGUACGUUUGACCAAAGUACCUUUAAGGCAUUCUAUAGUCUUUGGUUUGACG